AUGAGUCCAUCUAUUCUUUGUGACACAGAAUUUCAACCAGAAGUAGUUCAGGAGGAAGCUGCUGUAAGCCCAGCUCCAAUUCCAACCAUAUUAUGUGCAACACCAACACGAGCUGCUAUUCGGGAGGAACAUAUCGUCAGAUCUACCGCAACUCCGUCAAAAACAUAUUUUAAUGAGACCGAUACUAAUGACGAUGAAACAGUAACUGACUUUGUUGAUAUUCUAAAAAUUGUGAGCCCACUGCCACAACAACUCAUAACUAAUAAAGAAACGAGAUUGAAGAACAAACAACAUUCUGAAAUUAUAACAAGCACUCCAAUGAAGGCAAUAUUUGAAGAAAAGAAGAGGAAAAGGACUGAAAAAGAGAAAAAUACUAAAAAAAUAAAAAGACUAAUAAAGAAAAUUGCACCGAAGGUAAAUGUAACAAACGGAAACUUACCAAAGAUAGAGAGGUUAAAAGCAAGAAGACCACAACCAGAAAGAAAGUGGCCAAAAAGGCAAAAAAAAUUUGUUUAA